AUGAAGAUUAUCGAUGAUGAACAUGUCCUUCGGGAAGGAUUCCACCAUUUCGAAGAAGCCGACAUCAGUGGAUACGAUGUAAUUCUGGGUAUGCCAUGGUUGCAAGCUGCGAACCCCGACAUUGACUGGGUGCGAAGAUGCUGGACCUAUAGGAAAGCGUCAAAUAUUAGCCACGUGCACCUAGAUACCGCUAAGGAAUUUGCAACUUUAAUGGACAACAGCAACAUUAUAUUCGCCGCCUUUCCAUUGCGAGCUGCGCACGCAGCGACUGAGCCAAAUAUCCCGGAUGAUUAUAAGGAUUAUCUUGAUGUAUUCCGAGAAGAUAUACCUGACGCGGAACACGCACCCCACGAUCAUGCCAUAGAUCUCAAACCUGGCAAGGAACCACCGUACCGACCGAUAUAUAACCUGUCACCUCAAGAACUCUCCGUCCUCCGAGAAUAUAUUGAAAAGGCAUUAGAGAAGAAUUGGAUACGCCCGUCCAAGAGCCCAGCCGAAAUUGGAUUUCUGGGUUUUGUGAUUACCACGCAGGGCAUCACUGUCGAAAAACGCCGCGUCGAUACGAUCCUAGAUUGGCCUGAACCGCGAACAAUAAACGAGCUGCAAACAUUCCUAGGAUUCGCCAACUUCUACCGACGAUUCAUAUACAAGUUCUCGAUAAUAACGGCACCCCUGACUGAGUUGCUAAAAGGAUACGAAACAAAAAAGGGGAAGAACAACGCACCUGUCCAACUGAACGAGAACUGCAAGCACGCAAUACUGCAGUUAAAAGAAUGCUUUACAAAAGCACCGUUGUUAGUUCAUUUUGAUCCGCAGCGAAAACUCCGUAUAGAAACGGACGGAUCUGGCGUUGCAAUCGCCGCAGUAAUAUCGCAAUUAAUGGAUGAUGGUCACUGGCACCCGAUCGCGUUUUGGUCCAGAAAACUCACAGAAGCAGAAAGACAUUAUCAAACAUAUGAUUUAGAAAUGUUGCCGAUUGUAGAAGCUUUCAGGCAAUGGCGCCACUACCUACAUGGUAGCAGGCACCCAAUAGUUGUUUUAUCUGACCAUGCCAACCUCCGGCGCUUCAUGACGACGAAGCAGCUAAAUGGGCGUCAGAUUCGUUGGAUGCAAAUGCUCUCAGCGUUCGAUUUUGAAAUUGAGCACCAUCCUGGGGAAAAUAAUCCCGCAGAUGCACCAAGUCGUCACUCAGAUUAUAUAAAACACGCAGCUCCCUUGACGGGGCUCCCUACCCUGCAAGAGAAGCUGCAUGAGAACGAAGUCGCCGGCGUUACGGGGUUAGACCUAGGGACCCUGGUGCCACGGAUUCUAGCCGUUAAGGUAUUUGAGUCCGAGAUAGCCUAUCGCGAAGAGGUAGCUGAAUCUAUUGUCGAACUCUUGCUGCAGGUUCAGAAUAGGGACGCUGGCACGUCUGAACUUCGCAGAAGACUAGAGGUGGGUGACGCUAGCGUAGGUGAUCGUUCGACCUGGGCAGUAGACAAAGAUGGCCUGCUCAGGAAAGAUGGUAAAGUCUACGUACCGCAAGACAAGGCCGUAAGGCAUGAAAUAAUGAAAAUGAACCACGAUGAUCCCCAAGGUGGCCAUUUUGGACGUGACAAAACCAUCGAAGCGAUCAAACGCAAGUACUCGUGGCAUGGUAUGAGCGAUGAGAUUGCAGAAUAUGUGAGGACCUGCGAUGUUUGCCAACGCGUCAAGAUACCGCGGCAUAAGCCGUACGGGUUGCUACAACCACAUCCAGUGCCAGAUAAGAAAUGGCAUACAAUCAGUAUGGACUUUAUUGAAGGCCUACCAGAUAAUAAGAAGGGAAGUCAAACUUAUAAUGCUAUUGUCAUAUUUGUUGAUUCGUUCACUAAAUGGGCCAUAAUUGUACCCACAUCUUCAAAGCUAGAUGCGGAAGGACUCGCGGACAUUAUUGUAUGGAAGCUUGCGAAAAACUUUGGGCCUACCUGCGAACAUUAUUAG